AUGGCACAGACAAAGGAAGAUCAACAAAAGCACGCAUAUGCUGCUACGCUGCAGCGACUCGAGCGCAUCCGCAACCACCUUGAUACUCGUCCUCGUUCGGGUCGUCUUGCGGGCAAAGUGGCCAUCAUCACCGGCUGCGGCAGUCUCUCGGGUAUUGGGCGAGCUACAGCGCUUCAGUUUGCACACGAAGGCGUCAAGCACAUUUACGUAUGCGAUAUCGACGAUGAGAAUCUUCCUUUGCUCAAAGAAACCAUUGCCAAACGAUAUCCUGAUGUCAAAUGCACCGCCAUCGCCUCUGAUGCCGCCGAAGAAGCUUCUGUUACCAGCAUUAUCGACCAAGCCGUGGCUGACAAUGGUCACUUGGACAUUUUCUUUGCCAACGCCGCUCGUGCCACCGGCGCACCUAUCACCGCAACCGACGUGGAAGACCUCGAAACCACGCACCACAUCAACGUCACCUCUUGCUUCCUCGCUUGCAAAUACGCCUCGCAAGCAAUGCUCAAAACUCACCCUAAGCAUAAACCCGAACCCAGCGGUUCCAUCAUCAUGACCGCCUCGGUAGCCGGGAUCCGAUCCGGUGCCGGAAGCGUCGAUUACUCGGCCAGUAAAGCCGCUGUUAUCAGCUUGGCACAGACGACAUCCUGGCAGCUGCAGAGAACCAAUAUCAGGGUGAAUGCGGUCUGCCCAGGUCUGAUCGAAACAGGAAUGACCAUGCCCACGUUUGAAAUGGCAAGGGAAAGAGGUACGGCAGGUAAGAUCGGUCAGCUCAACCCAACCGCAAGGUACGGUGUCGCCGCCGAGAUCGCUAACGCUGUCACAUUCCUGGCUUCGGAUGAAGCAACGUAUGUCAACGGUGUCGCGCUGCCAGUAGAUGGUGGCUUGCAGGCGAGCUUGCCGGUCGUUCCCGGCAAGUUUCACUAG